GUCUCAGUGUGGAGGCCGACCAGAUACAGGCUGUCCAUUUCUGGAGUGUACUGACUGAAGUGGAGAUAUGAACCUGCACGGGGUUCAACUCUUGCUGGCUUGGAUUCUCUGUGGACUGGCCGGUUCGGCCUUGUGCUCAGAAGACGAGACCAGGCUGGUGACACACCUGUUCAAAGGUUACAACAAGGUGGUCCGUCCUGUCAACCACUUCAGCGAGGCCGUGGUGGUCACGGUGGGACUGCAGUUGAUUCAGCUCAUCAGUGUGGAUGAAGUCAACCAGAUUGUGACCAGUAAUGUCCGCCUCAGACAGCAAUGGAUUGACGUGAACCUUCAGUGGAAUCCUGACGACUACGGCGGGAUCAGGAAGAUUCGAAUCCCUUCCACAGACAUAUGGAAGCCUGACUUGGUGCUUUACAACAACGCUGACGGUGACUUUGCCAUCAUCCAUGAAACUAAAGUCCUGCUAGAGCACACCGGAAAGAUCAUAUGGAACCCACCCGCCAUCUUUAAGAGUUACUGCGAAAUCAUCGUCCUGCAUUUCCCCUUUGACCUGCAGAACUGCAGCAUGAAGCUAGGAACAUGGACCUACGAUGGCCGGCUGGUCGUCAUCAACCCAGACAGUGACCGCCCAGACUUGAGUAACUUCAUGGAGUCAGGAGAAUGGGUGCUGAAGGACUACAGGAGCUGGAAACAUUGGGUCUACUACACCUGCUGCCCCGAAACGCCCUACCUGGACAUCACAUACCACUUCCUGAUGCUGCGACUGCCUCUCUACUUCAUCGUCAACGUCAUCAUCCCCUGCAUGCUCUUCUCCUUCCUCACUGGACUCGUGUUUUACCUGCCGACAGACUCAGGUGAAAAGAUGACACUGUCCAUCUCUGUCCUUCUUUCACUGACUGUCUUCCUGCUGGUCAUCGUGGAGCUCAUCCCGUCCACAUCCAGUGCCGUUCCUCUCAUCGGGAAGUACAUGCUUUUCACCAUGGUGUUCGUCAUCGCCUCAAUCAUCAUCACAGUCAUCGUCAUCAAUACACACCAUCGUUCGCCCAGCACACACACCAUGCCCAACUGGAUCCGCAAGGUGUUCAUCGAAACAAUCCCCAACAUGAUGUUCUUCUCCACCAUGAAGUGUCCAAGCCAGGAGGUUCGUCAGAAGAGGUUGUUCCCUACGGACAUGGACAUCUCUGACAUCUCAGGUAACCCCACCCCCACCAACGUCCCCUACCAGUCUCCCAUUAUCAAGAACCCUGAUGUCCGCAGCGCCAUCGAAGGCGUCAAAUACAUCGCUGAAACCAUGAAAUCGGACGAGGAGUCAAAUAACGCGGCCGAGGAGUGGAAGUUUGUCGCCAUGGUUUUGGACCACAUCCUGCUUUGCGUCUUCAUGGCCGUGUGCCUCAUCGGGACGCUCGCCGUCUUCGCAGGGAGACUCAUCGAGCUCAACACGCUGUGAAGGAACGUACACGUAUGACAAUGCCAGCCAGCAUUUUGAUUUGUGAGUUUAUUUGGUGGUCGUGAAACGCCGCACGGCUCAUACUUGAAACUAUUGUCUUUGAUGCGCCGUUGGACGUGAUGAUUGUUGUCUUCAUGUCAUGUAAAAUACAAAAAUAAUCAUGGAUAUUUCUUUCAUUUUUGCCUCAUCUCAAUGGAGAUGAAUUUUCAUUUGGGGUUUUCGUGUCAAUUUUAUACCGCUAGUUUGUUUAAUAACCUUUUUUUCAUCAAGCCAAAGCAAAUUAUUUCCUGUCUGGAAGUUUUAUUGUUUGAUUUUGCUCAACGCUUGCCUGACAUUUCAUUCUGUGUACAUAUUUUUAUCCUUCCCGGGUGAUUUUUGAAUCUUCCGAGUCUUAUUCUUGGAUAAGUGAUCGGGGGGAAAAAAACAAAUCUAAUUUGCUGCUUUAGUUAAAAGAAGGUACUUUUUGUUGUCGAAUUGACCAGGCAUUGAAAUGGUCUCAACUGGGGACCCAUAUUUUCCAGUAGAUCACUUUUAAUUAAGUUUAUUAAAAAAAAAUCACAUAUGAAUAACAAUAACAUUGUACUUCCAAAGAUUUAACUGAGAUUUUUUGUUGUUAUAUUUGUCCAAAUAUUAUAUAUAAAUGAACAAGAAACUGAUGAAACAAAGUGGUCUAAUCAUUUUUGUAGUCUGUGAUCCACCAGUUGAGAAACUGCAAUAGCCUAACCUCGUGCAUAUACGUGUUAUUUUUCAUUGCACAGUAACAAUAUGCCAACUAAUCAUUUUUUAUUGUUUUUAAAUGCAUUAAAAUGGAAACAUAGUGAAAAGUAUAUCUGACAUUUUAAAAAAAGAUUCUUCGUAAAAAACUAAAAUUGCUCUUUGUCCCAAGUGAUGUGAUGGAUAUUGAUGUUCUAAUGUGAGCAAGCUAAGGUCUGAUUCCAGAAGUUAAUCUAAACACACGGGGGUGUUGCUCGCCACCAGACUAUAGAAUAAUCUCUGUAUACAAAAAAAUGUCAAUAUAACAUAGUCGCUGCAGCGUUUUUUGGUUGUUCAUUUUGAAGCUGCUAAUGAUUGAAUCCAACGUAACCAUGCGGCGAAGUUCACUUUUUGUUUUUUUUUGUACUUCAAU